AGGGACCAACAGCAGUCAGCAGCUGUGCAGGGGAAAGCCCGCAUUUUUCCUUACUAUGGCUGCACCAGUCAAACUUUUGAUGCUGGAAAACUUCAUAGAUGGGAAAUUUUUACCUUGCAAUUCAUAUAUAGAUUCGUAUGAUCCAUCCACAGGGGAAGUGUAUUGCAAGGUGCCAAACAGUGGGAAAGAAGAGAUCGAAGCUGCUGUCCAGGCGGCCAGCAGGGCCUUUCCUGGCUGGUCAUCCCGCGCCCCCGAGGAGCGCGCCCAGGUGCUGCGCCGACUGGCUGACUCGCUGGAGCAGUCCCUGGAGGAGCUGGCCCAGGCGGAAUCUAAAGACCAAGGGAAAACCCUAACGAUGGCAAGAACCGUGGACAUCCCCCGGGCCGUGCAGAACUUCCGGUUCUUCGCUUCCUCUGUCCUGCACCACACAACAGAGUGCACACAGAUGGACCAGCUGGGCUGCCUGCACUACACCGUGCGGACUCCCGUGGGGAUUGCGGGGCUCAUCAGCCCUUGGAACCUGCCCCUCUACUUGCUGACCUGGAAGAUCGCCCCCGCCAUCGCUGCCGGGAAUACUGUGAUCGCCAAGCCCAGCGAGCUGACGUCCGUGACGGCGUGGAUGCUGUGCAAACUCCUGGAUAAAGCAGGUGUUCCACCGGGUGUCAUCAAUAUUGUGUUUGGAACAGGGCCCAGGGCAGGAGAAGCCUUGGUGUCCCACCCAGAGGUGCCCCUGAUCUCCUUCACGGGGAGCCAGCCCACUGCUGAGCGGAUCACCCAGCUGAGUGCACCCCACUGCAAGAAACUCUCCCUUGAGCUGGGGGGCAAGAACCCAGCCAUCAUCUUUGAGGAUGCCAACCUGGAGGAGUGCAUUCCAACCACCGUCAGGUCCAGCUUUGCCAACCAGGGUGAAAUCUGCCUCUGCACCAGCAGGAUCUUUGUGCAGAAGAGCAUCUACAGUGAAUUUUUAAAAAGAUUUGUGGAAGCUACCAGAAAGUGGAAAGUUGGCGUUCCUUCUGACCCAUCAGCCUGCAUGGGUGCCCUGAUCAGUAAGGCCCACUUGGAGAAAGUCAGAAGUUACAUCAAAAGAGCUCAUGCUGAAGGGGCCCGUAUUCUGUGUGGAGAGGGAGUAGAUAAAUUGACGCUGCCCCCCAGGAAUCAGGAAGGCUACUUCAUGCCUCCUACAGUGAUAACAGACAUUAAGGAUGAGUCCUGCUGCAUGAAGGAAGAGAUCUUUGGCCCCGUGACAUGCGUGGUCUCCUUCGAGAAUGAAGAGGAAGUGAUUAGACGGGCCAACAGCGUGAAGUACGGGCUGGCCGCUACGGUGUGGUCGAGAGAUGUGGGCCGCGUCCACCGUGUGGCCAAGAAGCUGCAGUCAGGUUUGGUCUGGACCAACUGCUGGCUCAUCAGAGAGCUGAACCUGCCUUUUGGGGGCAUGAAGAGCUCGGGGAUAGGAAGAGAGGGCGCCAAGGACUCUCAUGACUUUUUCACAGAAAUCAAGACCAUCACUGUCAAACACUAAUCGUUGCUCCAGCCAAGGCCAGGCACAGCGUGGUAAACGGAGAUGCCCCUGCGCACGCCGGCCCUGUCUCGACCCUGCAGGAUGUUCUCUCUAGUUUAACCUCAGUAGGUAGCGUUUUUCAUCAGCUGGUGAAGGGAUGUUGUCUGUUUUCUGUGUGGACUCAGAGCAGAAAAGACUUCCAGGGAGGACGGCACAGCAAGAAAGUCAAGCCAUCCACUGUCAGUCUCCCCUCAUUUUAUAUCUUCAGGGUACUUUCGCUAUUGGGAAUUGCUAAUAACCAGAUAUAGUCAUCUGAAAAUAUGGGAUUAAAAACCUACAGAACUGAGGAGAAGCAAUUUACCAUUUAGUUUCUACCUUAGAGGAGGGUGUGGACAGGGUCUCCUGCUGCAUUAGCUGCUAAUGUGGUUAAUAGAUAAUUAGUUGUGCCUCAUUAGGUAGGCGGCAGUGAAUUCUAUGGAAUUUGUUAAAGGAUGCUUGAAUUAUUGAUCAUGCUAAAUAUAUAAAGAAUAAAGCAACUACUCUACUUUCAAAUGGAGGAAAUUUGAAACACAAAGAGAAAAUAGUUUGGUU